CGUAUAAAUCCGCAGCUAGGGUUUCACCCUUCUCUCGUGCUCUCCCUCUCUCUCUCUCUCUCUCUCUCUCUCCUGCAAAGCUAUUUUUCCACCCUGAUUGACCUGAUUCGGGUCUCUAGCUGCGCGAGUUCUCGAACCCUAGCGCUCCGAAUCGACCGCUCUUUGACCUCAAUUCGGGAGCGAUGCCUCCUCGGACGGUGAAGCGGGGCGGAGCGGCGUCGAGCCAGAAGCGGGCCGCGAGAUCCUCCUCCAAGAGGGCGCAGAGCCAGCAGGAUGCGCCCGCGGAGGAGCCGCCGGUGGCGAAGGUCGAGGAAGUGAAGGAGGAAGUCCUCGUGGUCGCGGGAGAGCGCGGUUCGGUCCUCGAGAAGAGGCCCGAGGUCGAGGAGAAGCCGCCGGUCGUUGUGGAGCCGGUCGUCGAGGAAAGGAGCAGGCCGGAGGUUGCUCGGGCGAAUGGCUCGGUUCCGCUGAUGAAAGAAGAUGAGGUGAAGGAGUCUGUUGAUGAUUAUGGGAAAGACGAACGGUUGGAUCUGGAGUAUAAUGAUCCUGAAUAUGAGCCAGAAGAAUAUGAUGAUAAAGAGAUGGAACAGGAUGAUGUUCAUGAUCUGGCAGUUGAAGGGGAGGAAGAACAUGAGGAGGAGCAUCUUGUCGAAGAGGAAGAAGGAGAUAUGAUGGAGGAGGAACUGGAGGAUGUUCACGAAGAACUCGAGGGUGAAGAAGAUGAAGAUCAUCCAGAUGAGGACCCAGAACAUCAGGAGACGCUUGAUGGGGAGGAGGAUGAUCACCAUGACGUUUUCAAAGAGAGGCGCAAACGCAAAGAGUUUGAAGUGUUUGUUGGAGGACUAGACAAGGAUGCAACUGAGGAUGAUCUGAGGAAAGUCUUCAGUGCAGUUGGUGAGGUAACAGAAGUCAGGCUGAUGAUGAAUCCUCAGACUAGGAAGAACAAGGGAUUUGCUUUCCUACGCUUUGCGACUGUUGAACAAGCAAGACGAGCUGUCACGGAUCUUAGAAAUCCAGUGAUUAAGGGAAAGCAGUGUGGCGUUACUCCAAGUCAAGACAGCGAUACCCUAUUUCUUGGUAAUAUAUGUAAAACCUGGACAAAGGAAGCUUUGAAGGAGAAGUUGAAACAUUACGGUGUGGAGAACGUUGAGGACGUGACAUUAGUUGAAGAUGGUAACAAUGAAGGGAUGAACCGAGGCUUUGCCUUUCUGGAAUUUUCAUCUCGUUCUGAAGCCAUGGAUGCAUUUAAAAGGCUUCAGAAAAGAGAUGUUCUAUUCGGAGUUGAUAGGCCUGCCAAGGUCUCUUUUGCUGAUUCAUUUAUUGAUCCUGGGGAUGAAAUAAUGGCACAGGUUAAGACUGUAUUUGUGGAUGGUCUGCCAGCUUCAUGGGAUGAGGAUCGUGUGCGGGAGCUCUUGAAGAAGUAUGGUGAGGUUGAAAAGGUUGAGCUUGCUAGGAAUAUGCCAUCUGCCAAAAGACGGGACUUCGGUUUUGUUACAUUUGACACUCAUGAUGCAGCAGUGACAUGUGCUAAAAGCAUCAAUAAUUCUGAGUUGGGUGAAGGUGAUAGUAAGGCCAAAGUUAGGGCCAGAUUGUCAAGACCACUUCAGAGAGGCAAAGGAAAAUAUUCAAGUCGUGGGGAUAUGCGUUCUACACGUGUGGUUGGUCGACCUUCCAGAGGUUCAUGGAGUCGUCCAGCUGUACGCAGCUUCCCUGCACGUGGGAUAAGGGGCAUUGGAGGUCGGAUUCCAUCAGCCAGCUUGAAGAGGCCUGUUGCUAUUAGAGAUAGACGUCCUGUGAUGGCCGUGCCACCAAGAGCCAGGCCAUUGCCUCCUCCAACUAGGUCUUAUGAUAGGAGGCCACCUGUUCCUUCAUAUUCAAGAAGUAGCUUGAAGAGGGAGUACACUCGAAGAGAGGAGCUUCCUCCUCCAAGGAGCAGAGUACCUGCAGAUUAUGGUUCCAGAAUUGUGCCCGAGAGACGUGUGGCAUACAGAGAUGAUUAUCCUGUACGUGAAUCUGGUUACACCGACCUGCAUAGAAGCACAUCCCGCCCUGCUGCAAGGAGGGAUUAUCCUGAUGAGAGCUACGGACAGAGGUUUGAAAGGCACCCAAGCUAUCGAGAAGCACGUGCACGUGAUUAUGAAUCUGUUUCAGGGUCAAAACGUCCUUAUUCUGCAGUGGAUGAUGUGUCUCCACGUUAUGCUGAUCCGGGGGUCCGCCCAUCCAGGGCAAGGCUGGACUAUGAACUUGGUGGCAUUAGUAGCCACUACAGCGAUGCCUAUGGUGACAGACAUGGGAGAUCUAGUAUGGGUUAUGGUGGCAGUAGGAGCUCUAUGUCCAGUAUGUCUGGUCAAGAUUCACAUGGGUACUAUGGGAGUCGUCAUCAAAGUAUGGGUUAUGGAGGUUCUUAUGGUAGCAGUGAUGCUGGAGGAGCGUACUCAUCAGGCUAUAGCGAGUACAUGUCUCGAGGAAAUAAUGUUGGUGGCAGCUCUUACUCUUCGAUGUAUUCAAGCCGCAGUGGAGGAGGCAACAAUUACAUGGGACCAGGUAGUUCUGGUUCAUAUUACUGAGGUAUUACUAGUGAAUUUUCAAGAGUGAGGUUACUAGUGAGUUUAUCUAUGGAACAGAUUUGACCUAUCAAAGAGGCUGGUCUUGUGUGGAUCUUUGGGAGCUAGCAUAAUGAUGCGUAUAUAUGUGGAAGAGAAUUCAGGCCUUGUCAUUAUUGGAUGCUAGCUUGAUGUUCGUGCUUCAGUAUUUCAAGCAGGCCAUGAUGAACAUUCCUAGAGGCCAGUGCCAUGCUUAUUCUACAGUGGAGGAAAUUUGAGUUAUUUAGGACAACAUCAAGAUAGUUUCUUAUUUGUAUUAUUACAUCUUUCGUGUUCUCUCUGAAAGUAUUCCCUAUGGAGGAGACUGUAGGGGGAUGUUGUCCAUCAGCUUUUCUAUUGGACGGAGCAUAGAAGGAGUUCUAUUGCUUUUUAAAGGUUCAGAAUGUGAUGGUUACCUUUUGGUGAUGCCUGAAGAAAAUUAAUGAGCAUAAUUAAAGCAGUCAAACAUAUCAUUAGCUAUGGUUCAUGGCCGAUCACCACUUCCCCGUUUACCUAAUAAGAACAAUAUAACCCUUGGCCUGAAAGUUAAGAGAUGACUGAGGCUUCCGAGGAAAACUGCCUCGGUGUGCAUGUUGGUAUUCAAAUGCGUUUUCUUGGUAGUGGUAAAGAUCGCAAGAAGAAAUGCGAUAUAACAGGAGAAUCUCUUUGAUGAUACAUUCUUUUUGUCCAUUACUGGCCUUUAGUUUUAUGGUAUUUCUCUUAGGAGGGUAGCUCCUGUCAACUAUACGCUGGAACAAAGCUCUGAUUGCACUUGAAUCUUCUUUAUCACAACCAAUGAGCUUACAUUAUAAGCUGAAAGUCAGCUCUCAAAUUAAUGGACAUAUUGUUGCUGCUGCUGUGGUAUAACUUUUUGAGAGCAAAAGUUAUCAUGGGUUCACAUCUUUCCUACAUUGUUUGAUUGCUGCUGAUGGAAGAGACCUAUACAGCAGGUUUGUUUUAGGAACAACAUAACUGUUGGGUGUGUUAUUGCUAGCUGGCUUGUUUACUCAGUGCCUGAGAAACUUGUUGGAAAAGUGAAACUGCAGUUAUUUUGUGUUACAGAUUUGAUGCUGUCAUUUGGAUGUGGAACAUAGGCCAUCUUGUGAAUGAUUUCUUUAUACCAAAGUGGUUCCUUGGCAGAAAGCUAAAUGGCCUAAGAAAGUGAUUGGACCGAUUUCCCGAAAAAUGCUCCCUUCUAGUUGACCGGAUAUCUUGCAACAGUCAAGAUCUUACAAAUGGCUUUAGCUGUUUUUCUUUGGGAAACAUUGGACAACUAAUACCACUUUCAGAUUAGGAGACAAAAAAACCUCCAUGCCCUUGCUUUUUAUGUCUAAUAAUUUCGGCAGACUUUGGUAUAUCGUGGCCACUAACCCCUCAAGGAGCAGUCAUAGGUUUUUUAUGAGAGUUCUAACCAUUGAGCGGUAUUGGUUUUUUUAUGGGAGUUCUAACCAUUUUGCCAUAAGAUUGGUUGUGUCAAGAAUGCGUGACCAAAACCUCCGACUUCAUAUAUUUAAGUUGGUAUUGUUUACUGAACUUGGAGAGGUUUAUAUCUAACUACUGCCUCGUUCCCGAAUCUGAAAACUUAAAACUUUCGCCCCAGAAUUUGGUAUUUCAGAAUGUUGAGACUUUUGUUCCCAGUUAGGGAAUGGGUUUGGAGAUGAGAUGCCGGAUCGCCUAUUAUUGCUGCUCCAAGUCCCAUUGGUUUCAUUGUACUUAGUUUGUUCCAUGCAUUAUAUAACCUGCUCGUACCUAUUUGACGGUAAGGACUCCCGAGCACACUUGCAGUGUGCAGUAUUUAUGGUGAAGCUUUGAUUUGGCUGAUAUCUGUGCUUUUCUAAUAUAUUUUUUUUGGGCUAUGGAGUUUGUCCAUAGCUCGGCGUUGUUCUUCUUCUCCAUCCCAGAUUCGGCUCUUCUUUUUUCCGUUCUUUAGGUUUUGUAACCUGACUGCUGAAUAAAUAUCCUUCUCUACGAGUUAAAAUAAGUGGGUUCUCUUUC